GGCUCCGCCCGCGCCACGGCCUGCGCCUGCGCCGGGAACCGGGGCCGGGCCUUGUGUUGGGACCGGGGGGUAUGGAGCGGUUCGGUGGCGCUGGGUACGAGGCGGCGGCGGCGGAGCUGUCCCGGCAGCAGGAGAGGCACUACCGGCUGCUGUCCGAGCUGCAGGAGCUGGUGAAGGCGCUGCCCAGCUCCUGCCAACAGCGCUUGUCCUACACGACGCUGAGCGACCUGGCGCUGGCACUGCUGGAUGGGACGGUGUUCGAGAUCGUGCAGGGGUUGCUGGAGAUCCAGCACCUCACCGAGAAGAACCUCUACAGCCAACGCCUCAAGCUGCAUAGCGAGCACCGCGGGCUGAAGCAGGAGCUGUUCCACCGGCACAAGGAGGCCCAGCAGUGCUGCAGGCCGCACAACCUGCCGCUCCUCCGCGCCGCCCAGCAGCGGGAGAUGGAGGCUGUGGAGCAACGAAUUCGAGAGGAGCAGCGAAUGAUGGAUGAGAAAAUUGUCUUGGAACUGGACCAAAAAGUGAUAGACCAGCAGAGCACCCUGGAGAAGGCUGGGGUGUCUGGCUUCUACAUCACCACCAACCCACAGGUUUGUAACAAAGCAACAGAAGUGCAUUGGACGGGGCAACAUCUCCAGCCUUCUGUGGAUGGAAGAACACUGUGCCAAAAGCCUGCAGUCCUGUGACUCUUCAAAUGGGUCAGUGUAGUACUGAAAUAAAAGGACAUGUAGGUUUUCUUGUGCCUAGCUUAGCUUCAUGCACUGCCUUCAGUAAGCUGUUAGUUUUUCUUUAUGGUAUUUCAGUGAUGCUUGCAUGUGAUUUUCUGGAGAUAACUGUGUCAGACUGUGAUUAAGACUGCUCAGAGCAGUCGCCUGGGUUUCCUCUCUGCUGUCCACCACAGGAAUGGAAAACUGCAAUGUCCAAGAUUUCCUUAUGAUGCCACAGAAGCUUGCAGAGAAUACAGAAAAGGCUGUUCUUAACUGUAUUUCCAGCUGAUUAAAUUUAAUUUUGAUAAGGAGGCACUAGAGGGAAAAUUUGGCUUGAACUAAGUUAAACAGCCAUUUCCUAAAACCCACACCAUUUCUGGUUGUGUACCAGUCCCUUCUUUUUUUUAUGUUGCUAUCACUCAUCUACAUACUGAAAGCAGUUCUUUGCCUCCCCUCUUGCCUCUGCCUGUUAUUUCUGUAAGUAAUAACUCUUAACAGGGUUCCUAUUUGCUGUUUCUCAUUUGUUUGCCUUCAUGAAAGCUGGUAAACCAGACCUAGCCCUUGACUUCCAGUGCAAGAAAUCACUGCUGGAGUCUGCUGUUCUCCAUGCAUUUCCUCUCAGUAGAUGUGUUUUCCUCAGUCUGUUAUGUAAACUGCCUGUUUAUGCAGUUGAUGUACUUAUUUAUAUAUUAUUUAACAAAAAUAGAUGUUUGUUUCCAUGAUGGAAUGUCUACAAGCCUGAGUCACAGAGCGGAGCGUACUGAAUUAGAUGUCCCACCAUGUGCAGGGGAAAUGCAGUCUGUGCCACGUGGCUUGUGAGCUAAACGUGAGUGAAGAACAAGCAGAUGGCAAGGGGAGUAUAAGGGAGCCAUAAGCUGAUGUUGGUGGUUAUAGGAGGUGGUGUCAGCCACGGAGAAUGGGGUGUUUUGGAGAAUGAAAGGGGCAAUUGUAUGCACCAUCAGAGCAGUGUGCUGCGUCUACCUUUGGAGAAUCGUUGUCUUCUCUUGGAAAAGGAGCAGGCACUGAGUGGUACAGUGGCACAACUGAGUCCUUUCUGCUUCCUGCAGAAGAGAACGGGAUCUUAUCCUUGCAAAAAAUGUCUUUCUUCCU